GGUUUAGUUUAUGCAUGGCGAAAAGGAGCAUUGGAAUGGUCUUAGUUCCUGAAUAUUCAGAUAAUAAAAAAGAAAAAAAGUAAAAAAUAAUAACAUUGAGUAUGAAUUCCAUCGAAUUUCCCUUACUUGAUCGAACAACCCAAAAUUCAGCUAUUUCAACUACAUUAAAUGAUCUUUCAAAUUGGUCAAGACUCUCCAGUUUAUGGCCACUUCUUUAUGGUACCAGUUGUUGCUUUAUUGAAUUUGCUUCAUUAAUAGGCUCACGAUUCGACUUUGAUCAUUAUGGGCUGGUACCAAGAUCAAGUCCUAGACAGGCAGACCUAAUUUUAACAGCAGGAACAGUAACAAUGAAAAUGGCUCCCUCUUUAGUGAGAUUAUAUGAACAAAUGCCCGAACCUAAAUAUGUUAUUGCUAUGGGUGCGUGUACAAUUACAGGGGGGAUGUUCAGUACUGAUUCUUAUAGUACUGUUCGGGGGGUCGAUAAGCUAAUUCCUGUGGAUGUCUAUUUGCCGGGCUGUCCCCCUAAACCUGAGGCAGUUAUAGAUGCUAUAACAAAACUCCGUAAGAAAAUAUCUUGCGAAAUCUAUGAAGAUCGAAUUAGAUCUCAACAGGGGGAUCGGUGUUUUACUACCAAUCACAAGUUUUGUCUUGUACGCAGUACUCGUACUAGAAAUUAUAAUCAAGGAUUACUCUAUCAACCACCAUCUACUUCAGAGAUUCCUCCUGAAACGUUUUUCAACUACAAGGGUUCACUAUCUUCCCACGAAUUAGUGAAUUAGGUUAGGUAGGAUUUUUUUACAGAAACAGAAUAACAAACAAUGAAUUAAUCUUCAUAAAUCAACGAAUUAAUCUUCAUAAAUUAGAUUUCAUCGUAAAUGUGAAAUACUUAUCUUAUACAAAUUACAAAUAAAAAAGAAAAGUGCGGAAGAGAUAAAAAAGAUGCAGAGUCGUUUGUCUGUUUGGCUAGUCAAACACGGGCUAGUUCAUAGAUCUUUGGGCUUCGAUUACCAAGGAAUAGAGACUUUACAAAUAAAGCCCGAGGAUUGGCAUUCCAUUGUUGUUAUUUUAUAUGUAUAUGGUUACAAUUAUCUCCGUUCCCAAUGUGCCUAUGAUGUA